AGUUGUUUUUCGAUUGAAGGGGUUCGCCUUGGUGACAAAAGGACUCGCAGCCAUAUUUAUCAGGAGGAGGUCGAAGCGGACAGAGGCUGCAGCCGGAGCGUAAGCGAAUAGCUUUACCCUACCGCCUGGCAUAACAAAAAGCUCCCAAAAACACUGCCCCCGCACCACCACCACCACCCCCCCAGGGAAACAAAUACCCCCCCCCACCGCUAAACGAUCCACAAAGAUGGUGAAGAUCUUCGUGGGCAACGUGAACGCCUCCACCACGGAGGAGGAGCUGCGGGCUCUGUUCCAGCGCCACGGCGAGGUGUCCGACUGCGACAUCCUGAAGAACUACGGCUUCAUCCACAUGGAGAAGGAGGACGAGGCCACCCAGGCCAUCGCCGCUCUGCACAAGCACGAGCUCAACGGCUCCCGCAUCACCGUGGAGUACGCCACCACCAAGAUGCGCAACGCCACCAAGGUCCACGUGGGCAACGUGGCCCCCACCGCCACCACGGCCAAGAUCAAGGAGCUCUUCCAGCGCUACGGCAAGGUGGUGGAGUGCGACAUCGUGAAGAACUACGCCUUCGUUCACAUGCAGAGGGAGAAGGAGGCCCUGGAGGCCAUCGCCGAGCUCAACCGCACCAAGCUGGAAGGGCAGAAGAUCUACGUCUCCCUGUCCCGCAGCCACCAGGCGGACGACGGAGAGGAGGAGUAUGGUCCUUACGAUCACCCCUACCCUCCCCCACCCCCUCCUCCUCACCACCACCACCACCACCCUCACUACCUGCCUCCUCCUCACCCCCCUGCCGAUUACUACCACCCCCGGGGGCGCCUCCCUCCCCUCCCGCCUCCCCCCCCGCCCAGAGCCUACUACGAACGGGAGGCAUACGAGAGGAGCCCGCGCUACGAGCCCUACACCUCCCGCUACUACGCAGCGCGGGACCCCUACGAGAGGAGGCUCCCCCCACCGCCCCCUCCCCCGCCCUCCUACUACAGGGAGCGCAGCCCUCUGGGAAGCAGGAGGACCCUGCUGCCCCCACCCCCGCCCCCUCCCUCCUCCGCCGCAGCAGCCUACAGUCGCAGCCGGGAAUACGGGGGGCUCCUCUCCUCGCGCUACUCCCUGGGUUCAGGGUUCGACAAGGAUGACUACUUGGAUAAGUACAGCAACGGGUUCACAAGAGGCUAUUAAAAUGUUUUUUGGGUUGAAAGAAAUAGCGUAGUAUGUAGAGUUUAGUUUCUGUCUUGGCGUUCAGCAGUUGGUGUUCAGCGAAAUUAAAUUUUGUUUUUAUAAAUAGUUUUUUUUUUUUAAGUAAUAAAAUCUCCCCCCCAAAAAACCAAAAAAAAAAAAUAUUUUCAUGACUUGAGUGCAAUAGCAGUCCAAUUUUUUAUUUAUUUUUUUAAUUAAAAAUAAUAGUAAUAAUGAAUUGCAGGUUUACAAACCCAGACUGGCUACGAACCGCUAGCAAUUGUAGAUUUUUUUUUUGAAUUUUUGAAUUUAAUUUUGUUUUGUUUGCCAUUGUCACUGCCUUUUGGGUUUCUGUAAUUGAAACACAAAAAAAACAUUUUAAUCCACUCUAUAUCCAGUGAUUGAAGUAAGCCUCCCAUUACACAGCAGUGUGAUCCAGUCCUGGUUUCACUGGGAGUUUAACAAUCAGACACACCUGAGCUUGUUAGCUAGACACACUGGGGGCUGAUCAAGCUGGUAGCAGUAAAACCUGGAAUGGACCACACUGCUGUGCAAUAGGAGUCUGAUUUCCAGCUCUGUCAUCUCAAGCACAAUUUGUGAGUUUUUUGUCUGUCGGCACCCUUUAAAAACCCGUUUUUUAUAUUUUAAUUUGUGGUACGGACUGCUGCUGCACUCGACCAUGAAAACAAACACUGGAUUCAGUAUCUGUCCAGCAAGAGCAAUAGACUUCUCAACUAUCAACCCAGAAAAACAGGGGGUGAGAGAAAUCACUGAGGAUUUACCCCCCCAUGAAACAACAGUUGCCUUAAUCCUUUUCCAGCCAUUACAGUACAACCCAUAUGAAGGUGAUGGUGGUGAUAACUUCUAGAAUCAAACCGAUCAAAGCUUUGAAAUGUUUUAAUAGCCUCUUCCUUGAUCUCGCUGUACGUGAUCUUUAAAGUCGGGAAGAAAUCUUUUGGGGGGGGGGGGGGGGGGUUGAAAAAAAAAAUCCUAUCCAGCUGCCCCUCCCCCCGUCCCCCCCAACUCCCCUCUCCCAUCCCUCUCUCCAAUUCCACAGCCACACACACACACACACACGAACGAACGAACGAAGAUUCAACCGAAAGACUGGGGAUUCGCUUAAAAAAAACGGACGGCAAAAUUCUUUCGAACGUUUCGGAUACGGCAAACUGCAAGGCACAACCAGCACGCAUUUUUAAAAGUCGCCGUUCCUUUCAAUAAAAAGAAACAAAAAAUGUCCGCCUUUUGUUUUGUUACGAACCUGACGUUCCGGACGUUCGACUGCAUCAACGUUUUUAUUGUUUGUUUUUUUUUGCUUUAAUAUUUGUUAAAGGAUUUGCCAACGAUUGUAAACCGUAAUUGUGUGUACAAAACAAAAACGAAGCCAGCAUAUUUUGGUUCCUGGUUCUCUCUCUUGCUCUCUCUCUCUCUCUCUGUGUAAUCGCCACUUCCGUUUUUGUUCUAUGAUUCUAUUACUGAACGAAAAAAGCAUGUGACUCCUCUGUAACCUAUUGCAACGAACCAAUAUAAUAUAGGUCGUUAAUCUAGAUCCAUAGAAAGAUGACGUUCUGCCUGUUAUUAUUAUUAUUAUUAUUAUCAUUAGUUUGUCAUUCAACCACUGUUUUGCGCUUAAACAAGAACGAUUUUGUAAAAGCUUACACCACAUUUGUUAUUCAAGUAUAUAUAUAAUUUUAUUUUGACGGCUUUCGAUUUUAGUUGGGGGAGGUCAAUCAGUGAUCGAUGUUGUGUCAAAAAAAAAUAAAAGUUUCCUGUCUACGAUUGCUGGGUUUCUUUGAUCGUAUGCCUUUUAAUUUUUCCCCCCCCCCCCGACUUCUUUUAUAUACAAAAACGCACGCCCCGUGCAAUACCGGCCGACCGCCUCAUUGGUUGAUGAGGUCGUGGGUUUGGGUCGGUGGGUGGGAGGGGCUUGUCGUGGGCAUUGCGCCCGCUGUUGGAUAAAAAAACACACAUGGGGUUGAAAGACUUGUGGAUUGGUGGAGGAGGAGGAGGGGGGCAGGGCAAGAGAAAAACACCUGGAUAAAACGUUUAAACUCCCCAUGUGAAGAAUUGCCAGAGAACUCCAAAAGGCUGGCAGCAAAGGUAAGUGUAUUUAAUUCACACGGUUAGAGCACCCGGUCCUGGGAAACAUUCUUUGAGCCAUAUUAUUAAAGUGACCAGUUAAGUCUGAACUGGUUAAAUCAUUUGCCCAGCCAGACUCAUCUGGCUUGUGGACAAAAGUUAUAGUAUCGCCUAGAAUUUUAGACCUAAUACAAAAAAAUUAACUAUAUAAACAUCAUCUAGAUCAUUUUAUUUUAAAGAAAUUAUAUCACCAAAAAAAAAGUCUACCGGAAGCCGUGAUAGUCAUACAGUAAGUAUUUCAUGUUAGAUUUUUUGAAAUGUCACAUUUUUCAGUUAAGUAUAUGGUGGGGGUGGUGUGUAAUUCAAUAUGUUAACAUCAUCCAGCUGGUUUCAUUCGAUUUUAAGAAGCAAAAUGAGUUUGUUCUGCAGGGGGAUGCAAAGCUCUUUCCUGGAGCUGGAGGCUGGUUUGUUUCAGACCCUGGCAUUGCAGUAAUAGAUCUCUGUGUGAUCGGUGGCUGGCUGCAGGGACAGUCAAAGGCUCAAUCCCUGUGUUUAUAAUUCCUUGUAUUGUGUUUUAGAUCGGUCCUCCUCUCCCCUGCUUCCCUCUCCAGCUCCUAUGGACAAUUAAUACCAUUUCUUAAACCUGUUUUUUUUUAAUUUGUUUGUUUUUACUUUUUACGAACAAUUCAAAGGACUGGCAGUGUCAAAGUCCUUUCUUCAGAGACUGUAAACCACAUUGGUUUCUUAGUUUAUUUUAGUUUAGUUAUUUUGUGCCCACAGGUCCAGCCCAAGUGCAUCUACAUAGUGGAAGCACCAAUACAGGAAAAUGCAUUUGUGACCGAACCGUCACGCGCAUGCAUGCACACACACGCAUGCAUGCACGCACGCACACACGUGUCUCCUAGGCCAGGGUUUCCCAAUCCUGGUCCUGGGGGCUCCCUGUGUCUGCUGGUUUUCAUUCCAACUGCGUUCUCAAGUACUUAACAGAACCCUUCAUUGAACUGAUCAUGUGCUUAAUUUAUUUUUUUAUAUAUAAAUUUAGUAGUCGCCAAUCGAUUUUACCCAGUUUUUCUCCCAGUUUGAAAUGGCUGAUUAUUUUUAGACUCACCUCACCACUACCACCCCUGCGCUGACUCGGGAGGGGCGAAGACGGACACACGCUGUCCCCCGAAGCGUGUGCCAUCAGCCGCCCGCUUCUUUACACGCUGCAGACUCACCGUGCAGCCGCCUCAGAGCUACAGCGUCGGAGGACAACGCAGCUUACAGGCAAGCCCGCGGCGCCCAGACAGACCACAGGGGACGCUGGUGUGAGCCGAGGACACCCUGUCCAACCUAAGCCCACCUUCCCCCUGGACAACGCUCGGCCAAUCGUGCGCCAUCCCCUGGGAGCUCCCGUCUCGAACUGGCAACCUCCAGGCUAUAGGGCGCAUCCUGCACUCCACAUGGAGCGCCUUUACUGGAUGCGCCACUCGAGGGGACCCACUUCAUUAGCAUAAUGUGACCAAUUUUUUAUUUCAGCUUUUAAAAUAGUUGGCAAGUUAACUCUGCAAGUUUCUAAGUAACUUGAAAUAGGCAGCUUUUUAGGAGCCGAGGAUAAUUAAAAAGGUCUAAUUUAGCACAUGAUCAGUUCAAUGAAGGGUCCGGUUCAGUAAUGGAGAGCUCAGUUGGAAUGAAAACCAGCAGAAUCAGGGGGACCCCAGGACUGGGAUUUGGGGAAACCCCGUCCUAGGCAAGUAAUUUGCACACCAGCAGUAAUUUAGAGGUGCAGACUGACGCUUCAAACACAUACUGGAAGGCAAGAUGAAGUAAAGUAUGAGGCUGUGCUGUAAUCCUUCACUCAGAAGAAAGAUUUCUACGCUCUUAAACUUACCUGUAUCCUAAUCAAACAUCUUUAUAUUGAUGGCUUUAUACUGUCUCGCAGAAUUGCUGCCGUGGCAUGUGGAGAAAAAGCAUUCUCGACAUUUCUACAUGAGUGUUUGAAUAUCGCAGACCCCGUUACAUAUUUCAGGUUCAUACCUGCUCAGGUACAAACCGUAGAUUGAUGUGGCACAGUGUGAUUUAAUUGUUGGUACGCAGAUAUGCAGCACAGACUUCCAUGUAUCUGAACCUUUUCCAUUCCACUGAUAAUAAAGUAUUUAUUUCUUCAGAA